AUCACGACUCCUGAUGCUCAUGCCUCUGGUUGCCCUUCUCCCACAGAGGUCAGGGGAGACAUGGGGAACCACACCACCGUCACCGAGUUUGUCCUGCUGGGGCUCUCGGAUGCCUGUGAGCUGCAGAUGCUCAUCUUCCUGGGGCUCCUCCUGACCUACCUCCUCACUCUGCUGGGGAAUCUCCUCAUUGUGGUCAUCACCCUUAUGGACAGGCGCCUCCACACCCCCAUGUACUACUUCCUUUGCAACUUUGCUGUCCUGGAGAUCUGGUUCACCUCGGUCAUCUUCCCCAAGAUGCUGACCAACAUCCUGACUGGAUACAAGACCAUCUCCCUAGCAGGCUGUUUCCUACAGAGUUUCCUCUAUUUCUUCCUGGGCACCACGGAGUUCUUCCUACUGGCGGUGAUGUCCUUUGACAGGUAUGUGGCCAUAUGUAAUCCCUUGCGUUAUGCCACCAUCAUGAGUAAAAGGGUCUGCAUCCAGCUAGUUCUUUGUUCAUGGAUGGCGGGAUUCAUUCUCAUCAUAGGUCCAAGUUUAAUCAUAUUUCAGCAGCCAUUCUGUGGCCCCAAUAUCAUUAAUCAUUUCUUCUGUGACAACUUUCCACUCCUCAAACUCAUAUGUGCAGACACAAGUCUGAUAGAGCUUCUGGGUUUUAUUGUGGCCAACUUCAAUUUGCUGGGUACGUUGUGUGUGACGGCCACCUGCUAUGGCCACAUCCUCCACAGCAUCCUGUGUAUCCCCUCAGCCAGAGAGAGGCAGAAGGCCUUCUCGACCUGCUCCUCCCACAUCAUCGUCGUGUCUCUUUUCUAUGGCAGCUGCAUCUUCAUGUAUGUCCGGUCAGGCAAGGACGACCAGGGGAAGGACAGGAAUAAGGUGGUGGCCUUGCUCAACACUGUGGUGACCCCAAUGCUCAAUCCCUUCAUCUACACACUGAGGAACAAACAGGUGAAGAGGGUGUUUAGUGAGAAAAUGAGCAAGCUCCUCUCAUAAAGAUGACCCUAAGAGAGGGGGAAGUGUCUUCUUCCCUGAACCUCUGCAAAUGCAGCUCCUGUCCUGAUCUCCAAGAAUUACCUCCUCCUAGACAGUUUUUUAGCAUGUGCUCUAAUCUACAGUGAUUUCUCAAUGGAUCAUUAUUGGCACCAUUCAUAUGCUGUCUUCUCAGAAAGUACAGAAAAUUCCAUAUGCCACUCCUAUAUCUGGUAUGUCUUAAUGUUUCUUACUCUAGCCUGUGUCUGAGUUUCUUAAUCUUGACUCUUUCAAGUUAUAAUGAUAAACCUAGCAUUACAUCUGCCCUAGAACUUUUCAAAAUUGAUUAAAAAAAUAUCCUCAACAAGAAUAUAUUCAUGAUGGACUUCAGAAAUAUUAUAUGUAGGAAAAAUUAAUGAAGUGGAAUAACCAAGAAAUGUUGAACAAAAACAAAAUAUCAGAUAUUAAAACACUAAGUGAAGAGCUAACAAAUAGAACAAUGGAAAGGAGUAGAUAGUCUGGAAAGAUAAUGCAGUACAUAUAAGGAUCUAAUAGAUAAGUGAAGUAAAUUUUUAAACAGUAAAGAAAAGAAGGUAAAUUCAAUAAAUGAUGCCAAGUCUCUUGGCUAAUUACAGCAGAAGACUACCUUUCAAAGAGACUGGAACGAGUAUUUGGAUGGUUACUGAGGGUAGGGAGGGGGUUAAAGCACAUGCCUUAAAUAUUUAUUUGAAAAGAAAACCUAUAGACAAAUAUUUAUUCACUGAUGUAUUAAAUUCCUUUUCGUUGAGAAUGAAUGUGAUGAUUGUUGUAGUCUUUCUUGUUUAAACCACAAUUGCAAUGUAUCCUCUGUAAUUUUCAGAACUUGUUUCAGCAAUAUAAAAAAUUUAAUAUUUAAAAAACCAUCUG